AUGGAUGAAUCAUCAGAGUAUGUCUACCCAAUUGAGGACCCAGAAACUCUUCAGACGAAAAAUGAAGAAGACUCAUCCGAUCAAGCAGAAGUCUUAGAACCAGAAACACUAGUAAAGGUCAUGAAAAAGCUAAGCCUAAAACCCAAGGCCAAGCGCUCAGCACGGCAUCUCGCGCUACGUCACCGAGUUGCCAGGCUGCCUGUGGAGAACAGAAGUGAACAGAUCAGGAGGGAAGUUCAAAGCGCCUUUCCCCAGAAAAGGGUUCGCACCUUGUCGUCAGUGCUAAACGAUCCUCUAGCAAAGAUGAGAAGACUUGUCCGGAUUGAGCAGAGAGAGAGAAGGCUUGCAGGAUAUGAGCCCGGUGAGCCAUUCAGAUGUCUCUGCACUUUCUGCCAUUAUCAGAGAUGGGAUCCUUCCGAGAAUGCUAAAAUCGGGAAGAAGAAUUAG